AUGGCGAAGGACCGAGGAGGCACCAAGACCGACAUGAAGAGCCCCGAGGGCAACGCGUUGCAAGGGAAGGAGAGGAUUCUCGUCGCAGCCCCCGGCGACGAAGUCCACUUCGUCGGAGAGAUGGACGAAGGAGCCCACAUGAGUCUGACUACAGAAAUGACGGGCGAGCCUCAUCAGCACGAGCAAGAGGAUCAAGUUAGCCGACCUCAUCAGGAUGAGCUGGCCGACCAGAACGACCAACUUCAGCAAGAAAAAGUGCAAGACCCCAUCCGAGCUGAGGAGCAAAAUGGCCGAGCUCCAGAUUUUGAAAUGGAGAAAAAGCUAAGGGAGCUGGCCGAGCAAGUUGAAGGGCUUAAGAAACAAGCAACCCUGGAUGCUUACUCACUGGUCGGGCGUCACCCCUAUCCCCCUGAGAUCAUGACAGCACCGCUUCCAGUAGGGUUCAAACCACCUCCUUUUGAUCGGUAUGAUGGGACCAUCGACCCGACCGACCACAUCAACUACUUCAACACAAUGAUGACCAUGUACGACGGGACCGAGAUUGUAUCUUGUCGAGUUUUCCCCUCAUCCCUAAAAGGUGCGGCAACUUCUUGGUUCUCUUGGCUACCGCCGAACUCUAGCACAAGCUUUGCCCAACUUUGUCGAGCCUUCGUCACGCAUUUCCAAAGUAGCAUGAAGCAUAAGAAGACGACAGUGAACCUCCUCAGCGUGAAGCAGAGGUCGGAUAAGUCGAUCCGGUCGUACGUCUCCCGGUUCAGCAAAGAAUCCCUGGAUGUUAGGGACCUAUAUGAGGCCAUAGCUCACACCACGAUGAGCAAUGGACUUGCACAUGAGGACCUGAUCAAGGAUCUGGCUCAAAAACCGACCAAAAGUAUGGUCGAGCUCCUUGACAGGUGUAACGAGUUCUCAAACAUGGAAGAUGUUCUCCAAGCACGCAAAGGGAAUGAGAGCAAAAGUGAGACGAAGAGGUCAUCCACUGGCGACCGAAAAGAUGAGAAGAGGACCCGUACUGAUCGCCGAGCUGAGAGGACUGACCGAGCUCGAAGUCCCGACUACACUCCCUUGAAUACGUCGCGGAAGGAGAUCCUGAUGCAAAUUCAAGACGGUGGAUACAUCCGCCGACCUCGCCCAAUGCAAGCCGGCUCGUCUCGAAACCCGAACAAGUAUUGCCUGUUCCAUAAGGAUAAUGGUCACGACACUGAAGACUGCUAUCAGCUAAAACGAGAAAUUGAAGAGCUGAUCAAAGUAGGGCAUUUGAAGAAGUAUAUUAAAGGCAACCGGGAGGAAAGGGGCAGUCGUCGAGGCGACGACCGCGACCAGAGGAAAACCGAACCUAGGUCAGAUGGUCGUCGAGCUGACCGAGACGAGGGUAAAGCCCGAGUCAACAAAAAAGAUGAGGAGGCCGGGCCGAGCACUGACAAAGGAGCUCCCAUUUACACCAUCCUUGGAGGACCUGGACAAGAAUCUACCCGAAGGCCAAGGCAAACGCGCGGUGGAAAUUACGAGGAGACCCGUUCAUCGGGUAUUGGUCGACACGGACGCGUCGGUAGACCUCAUGUUACUCGCUGCGUAUCUACAGUUUGA